AUGGCUGCAAGAAAAAAAGCUAUACUUAAAAUAAUUAUAUUAGGCGACGGUGGUGUUGGUAAAACAAGUUUAAUGGGACAAUAUGUAUCACAUAAGUUUUCAAAUCAAUAUAAAGCAACAAUUGGUGCCGAUUUCUUAAUUAAGGAAUUACAAAUUGAUGAUCAUCUUGUUACCAUGCAAAUUUGGGAUACAGCUGGUCAAGAACGUUUUCAAAGUGUAGGUGUUGCAUUUUAUCGUGGAGCUGACUGUUGUAUACUUGUUUAUGACGUUACAUCAGCAAGUUCAUUUAAAUCAUUAGAUAUUUGGAGAGAUGAAUUUCUUACUCAAGUCGCACCACGUGAUCCAGAAAAUUUUCCCUUUGUAGUAAUUGGAAAUAAAACUGAUCUUGAUAAUCGUAUCAUUUCAGCACAGGAGGCACUUAAUUGGUGUGCAGAGAAAUCCAAUAUUCCAUAUUUUGAAACGUCAGCUAAAGAAGGUACAAAUGUUGAAAAAGCUUUAGAAACUGCUGCACGUAAUGCAUUAGCACGUUGA